GAGAGGGGAGGGGAAAUGAAAAUGCAGCCUGGACAUUCCCACUCUGGGAAAUCCAGCGCAGACCGUGGAGGACAACAGAGGAGGACAUGUAACUUUUUUUCCUCUUCCCAUGCUGAAAACCUUUAUUUAUUUACAUUUUUCCCUUCUUUUUUUUCCAUUUUUCUUUUUAAAGAAGGGGAGACAUUGAAAGCUGGAAAAAAAGCAUCUUACGACGGAGAGACGAUGGGAGGCGGACGAUGAGCGAGAGGAGAAAGUUUGGUGGAGAAUGCAGAGAGGAAGCGGAGCCAGGAAAAGGAGCUGAGGACUAUGUAGGAAUUCCUGACUGAAGUCAUGGGUUCGGAGGCAAUGGAGGACUGCGUGCAGGGGGCGCUCUCGUCGCUUUAUCCGCCGUUCGAGAGCACGGCGCCACCCCUCCUCUCUCAGGUCUUCUCGGUCCUGGAGUCAACCUAUCAACACGACAGCCUGCGCUACCUCCUGGACUAUUUCGUACCUGCCAAGCAUCUCCUGCACAAACUCCAGCAGCAUGCCUGUUCUCAGUAUUUGGGAUGCUUGUUCCUUCACUCCGGCUGGCCCCUCUGCCUUGGAGAGAAAGUGGUUGUUCAGCUCUCCACCUUGGACUGGAGGCUCCUGCGCAGUAAUGACUUCUACCUGCAGGUGGUGCCCUUUUCUACUCGCUGCCCACGACUGGCCCUAAAAUGUCUGGCACCCGGGGGUCGCACCGUGCAAGAAAUCUUGGUGCCCGAGUCACAGCAUCCCCUGGUGUUUACCUCCGAGUGGCUCCACAGUAUCAACAAAGAACGGGGUCACAAGAGAGAAGUUGGAGGGGGACUCGACACCUGUCUGGUCAGUACAUGCGAUGGCGUGGUACGAGUGCCAUGGAAGGAAAUAGUCUACCCAAAAUUCCUCCAUGACCCUUCUGAGGAGCUUGGCCUGGGUUCCAACCGCCUUUCCAGUGAGGGGGGCAGCAGCCUCGGAGGGUGGGGUGGCUCCUCCUCAGGAGACAUGGACUCCUGGUCCUGGGAUGAUGAAGACGACGACAGUCUACCACCAAACUGCAUGGACUCUGACCCUGCCAUCAGACGGCGGCGCAGCGAAGACGGCCUUGGGCGGACUGCGAGGCAGUCUCAGAUGGAUGGGGAUUAUGUGGAGCUUUUGGAACCCAGAGGAGGACCUGAUGGAGGCGUUGAUACCAAGCAGAGGUAUUUGGAGAUGCAUGGGAUUUGUAAGACCAGAACUUUGCCCUUAUGCAGGAGAGGUAAGGCCAUCAAACUUCGCAAAGGAAAAGCUUGGGGUUAUGCAAAACCUGAAAGAUCGGGAAGCUUUCGGGGUGCCUAUAGUACCAAAGAGAAGGAGGCAAAUCCAAAGGAUGACUUGCUACCUCCAACAACGGUUUCAGGAUCUACCAGAGAAAGACAGUCUUACUCCUCCUCUGCUCAUGAUUCAGAUGAAGGAGAUAAAACAAGCAGAGACAAAAAUAGCUUGGAAAGCCGCAGCCCUUAUUUUGAUGUUCCAUUAAAAGAGAGGAGACCUGGUGUGGGCAAGGAAAGAGACAGCAACGGGUUCCCACAACCGUCCCGAGAUGGACACCAAAAUAAAGACUCCCAGAGAAGCGACAACUUAAUAGCAAACGAAAUCUACGACAUAAGCCAUAAAAGUGGCCAUGAUGUUGAGGGUCAAUCGGAUCAUGGCUCACAUUCAGACUCUGUGUUUGAGGAUGCAGAUAAACCACUGAGUGGAGACAGCGAUGCUGUUACACCAACAUCGGACGCACCGGAGAGGCUAUUUACUGGAGUCUCUGAAAGCAAAGAUACAUCCAACGUUCAGUCUAAGACGAGGAACUCAUCGAAGCCGAAGAUUCCAGAUGAAAGGGCUGAAGGGCAGGCAGAGGACAGAGUGUGCCCCAGAGGAAAAGAAGUUAAAACAGCCGUAUUCAGAGCUCCACGGAGGAAACGGAAGGGAAAGGGCGCCAAAGGAAAGGCUAGGUCUGGUGGCAAAAACCAAAAAGGCACAAAACUACAGGGUAAAAGUCCUCUGCCAAGUCCCACAGCCCACUCUGCAACUACAAAGCUGCUAAUCCCAGAGGAAAAGAAGGCAGAGGAAACAGAAAAGAUUGACAAACCUGAUGGAGUGCCCUCAACUGACACUAAAGGGAAGGAAAACACAAGGAAAGGCAAUGGAACUGAGACAGAAGGUGGAUCGUUGCCUGUGUGCAAUGGUCAGUCAAGCACGUCUUCAUUAAACCACUUGACUGUGGAGGCUGGAUCACCGGAGACAUGUUCUGACCAGAUAAAUGGUGUUACCUCUAAAGAGCCGGCGCUUUUAAGGGAACUGGAUACAGAAUUACUUCAGUCAGGGAAGCUGCAGCUGACAGGUACAGUGGACAGAUUGGGGCGAGCUCUGGUUUUCACAGAUGCAGGCGCGUCUGAGGAGGGAUUCUGCUCGGAGGAGGUGGCGCGGGUUCUUUCCUGUUACCACUGGAUCACUCGGCCUGAAGCCAAAGAAAAGGGACUAACUGUGCUAAUAGACAGCAGAUGCUCCCAACCAUCCAGUCUUUGCCUUUCUGCUCUUAAACGGUUCCAGGUCUUGGUUCCUGGCGGUCUAGGAUCCGUGUUGGUCCUGGUGGAGGAGCAGCAGGAGUCCCUUUCCUUAGCUUUAGAUGGGACAGAGACCCACGUAGUGCGCGGUACAGGAGUCCUUCAGCAAUAUGUAGACAGUCAGCAGCUCCCUAAGCAGCUGGAUGGAGACUUCAGUCACAGUCACUCAGACUGGCUGGCAUUCAGACUGAGGUUGGAGAAACUGACGGAGCGUUGUGAGAGCGCCCUCUCUCUGCUCGGAGAAGCACUGCGGUCCCUGGAGAUGGAGGAGAUGCCCAGUGACAUCAAGGCUGUUCCUCAGAGCAUUGACAAACACAGGCAGCUCAUGGCGAGUGUACUGGCUGACCAACGCUUAACUGAACUGCAACAGAGGGGCGGAGCCUGGCUAGCAGGACUGACUAACUGUUCGUCCGGACUGGUGCAGAGGUCACCUGACUGCAGGGCUGCUCUCAAUGCCACUUCGCAGCUCUACGACGGCGUGGACGAUGCCCUCCACCGGCUCGUCCAGGUUUCCAACCGGCGAGGACGUGACCUGGAAGCACUGGGACGACUGGCGGGAAUGGUGGACAAACUGGAAAAGUGUGACAAGGAGAUCGAGCAAGUGCAGUCCCAGCUGGAGGAAUACAAGGACCCCCCUCUGUCUCUCAGCAGACUGUCGCUGAAGCAGCAGAAGUUCAGAACGUUCAGAGAAACGGCCAACGAGCUGCACAGCGACACUCUGUCGGUGCUCAGCGAUCUGGAGGGCUGGUGCGAGCUGAACUGGGCCGGCCUCAGCGACAUCCAGAUCCGUCUACCCCCCGUGAGGGAGAAGCUGAGAGACAUGUCCCACUGUCUGUCCGACUGCUGGACCACCCUGGACAACACCCAGAGGCUGCUGUCCACGCUGACAGAGGCGACCCAGUGGUGCGACGCGGUCUCCUCCACCCCUUCCUCCCCCACUGCCUCCUCUUCCACCUGCCCGCUGGCAUCCCUUCCUCCAAUCCCCCCGUCUCGCUUCCAGGAUGCACGGUCCUUAGCCAUGGAGCUGGGAGGCGGGGCCCUCCUGGACCUCUGGACCCAAACAGUGGAGCGCUACCAGCGGACCGUGGCGCAGGUCAAACCUCGUUUCCUCCACUCUGAGCGGACGCAGAGCCAUGGCCAGGGGAAGGCCAAGACGCCGUCCGGCAGCACCUUCUGGGACCUGGUGGGGCCCGACGGGGAGGGCGACUGGGGGCUCGGAGGAGGGGACGGGGGCCUGCAGUCCUGGGGGUCCCUGGCGUCGCUGUUCAGGCCUCAGACCUGCUCCACGCUGAAGAUAGGAGAGGACAAAGGGAACCGGAGGGACGGGUCAGCAGGGAACGGAGGUGGAGCGGGAGGAGCCAGUGGAGGGAAGUUCCUGCAGAACCUCCUGAAUCCUGGGAAGAAAAGUCCCCCAGAGGCCCCGCUCCCUCCCAAGCCUCCCAGGAAGCGCCACCCCAGCUUUGACCUCCAGGCUCUCCUGGCCCCCCGCAAAGGCACCGCCACCCCCAAGCCGGAGUCCCCUGUCGGCGGGGCGAGCCGCUCCUCGCCCAUGUCUUGGCUGGGGCGAAAGAACAUGGCGGACCCCGUCAUCGCCACCAGCAUGGCGGCGGCUAUUCCCGGGUGGGGCGUCGGAGUAGCAGGCGGAGGUGGUGUGCUGAUCCGAGGUGUAGAGGUCAGCAGCAAAGAAGUGGUGGAUCACACAGGGUCGCCGCGGCAACACGUCCUGCUCGGGAGGACGGAGAGGGACAUGGGGGCAGACAGGACCGGCUCAACUGCACAGAGUAAACUGUACCUGCUCUGGUGCAGGAUGCUGAGCUCAGAGCGGCAGUACGUCGCCGUCCUGAAGGGAGUUGAAGAGACGUACCUGCCCCUGCUGGUGCUCUCCGACACCCCGGCCUCCAUCAGGGGGAAGGGAGACACGCUCUUCCCCAACUGGGGCAGCCUCAGUACCUUUCACUCGCGGGACCUGCUCCCUGCCAUGGAGGGCGCUCUUGUGCAGAGUUUGUUGCAGCAGGACUGCUUCAGCAAAUAUCGGGAGGAAUUUCUCCAGUAUUCCCACUACAUCCGCUCUAAACCAGAAAUGGAUUCACCUGUGGUCACACAGGCAGCUGACUUCUUUAAGUCCAAACUCCCCCAGGCGUCCCCCCUCUCCCCUCUGUCUUUCCCUUACUGCCUGCAGGCUCCCAUUCAGAGGCUGGAGCAGUACUGCGAGGCCCUGGAGGAGCUGGGGGGUUUAAAUCUGGCCUCAGACUCCGCCCUCUCCGUCCUGAGACACGCCCAGCGACACGGCGAGGACCUCAGGGCCAGUGACCUCAUCGUUGGCUGUCCGAUCUCAGUGGCAGACCGUGGCGACCUGGUGAGGCAGGGUGAGCUCACCGUGUGCGGGGGACCUCGGAGGAAGCGAGCGGGUGUCAGGAAUGUCUUCCUCUACCAGCACGCCAUCAUCUUCACCAAGCAGAAGAGCCCGAAUCCGGGUCGCACCGCCUACAACUACAAGCACAGCAUUAAGAUGAGUGAAAUGGGUCUAACUCAGAAUGUCGGCGAUGAGGGAGUGAAGUUUGAAGUCUGGGUCCGACAGGCACCCAGGACCAGAGACUGUAUCACCCUUCAGGCCCAGAAUAGAGCAGGAAGGGAGGCCUGGGCUCAUGACAUAGCCCACCUGCUGUGGACGCACGCCAUAAACAAUACAGAGCUGUGUCUGAAGGAGUCGCUGUGCAUGGGAGUUUCCAGCAAGCUUCUGCUGGACGCUACAGGAACCCCGGGAUCAGAGCUGGACUCCAUCUGCAGUCUCAGCGACAGAGUCCACAGUAGCUGCUCAGACUCGUCCUCUGUGGGCAGCCAGAAGGAGGGGGGAUCCCCGGCGUCUGGGAGGGACCCCAGGUCAAGCUCCGGAUCAACAAGCUAUUCACAGAGUCAUUCUCCCUCUACAGCUGUGUGACUGUCAUCUGAACAAGAGAAGCAGGAACUGCACUCGGGACUCUUCGUGGCUUCCGUCAUCUCUGACUCGACUCGAAACUGGACUUCACCGACUUCCACCCGAAACUUCUCUCGCGCCCUUCAACCUCCUGCGAGAGUGCAGACGACGCCAGGGGGUGGAGGGAUCAGGCGCAGCUGCACCGCUUCGCAUCCAAACAGGAUCAAAAACUCGCCCGUCCCCCCUUCCUUGUUUUAAACCAUGACAAGCGCCGAUAGGGGGAGGGGGGGGAGAAAGGGUGGCUCUCCAGCGCUCCGCCAUUUUGGGUCUGCCAGUCUCAGCUGCUGGCAGAGUCAUCGACACCGACGGCACUUCAAGCUUGCACAGUGCGGCCAUUGUCUGCCCCGCAACUCCCCACUAGGCCAAACCACUUGGUCUGAACCACUGACUGGCCGACUGUACACAUCACAUGCUCCGGCAUCUGGUAAUAAACAGGAAGUAAUAUGCCGGGUGUAAAUGUGGCGUGGGAUUGCAGAUUUAGGAUGUAUUAUGUACUUUAUCACCCUCAUAACGCUGAAUGGAGACCGUACGCUUUUUUUUUGUCUUUUUAUCUGCCCUGUGUUUUAUUUGUAGGUGUGUGUGUGUGUGUGUGUGUCUCGGGUUAGGUGGGAUUGGAUCUAUGUAAAUGAGGUAACAAGCACACUCACCCAGACACACACAAUGCCCCCCCCCCCCGACACAUGCAGUCACUCUUAUUGUUAUCAGACAGUGGAGCACUGUUCACAUUCACAUGCUCUCCCCUCCUCUCUAGCUCCCUCUCAUACACACACACACACACACACAUACACAGUGCCCAGCUUAGAGCCUGGUACAGUGACUAAAUGAGGCGAGCUCACAUCUGAACACGUACAGAUGAUGAAGAAGAGGAGUGGUUUGCAGUUUCAAAACUGUUGGGAGUGUGUAAGCAAAUUAUAUGGCUUUUUAUGAACAGUACUAAGAAAUUAAAGUAAUAACGGUAUUUAGUCGUUCUUGAAGUGUAAGUAAUGGUGCUGUAAAGUUUUCAUCCCCCCUUACAGUGUUUGUUUUUUUGGGGGGGGGGUCAUCCUUCAAUAUUUCAGCUCAAACAAGUCAAGUUUACUUUUUAGAGGCAGUUCAGGCUGUUAAGACAUAAUAUAAUCGAUUCUAAAACAAGCAAAAAUAUUACAUUUUGUCAAAAGCCUUCAUCAAGCAAACACGCGCUGAUCAAUGUUUUUAGCCGUCAUUUAAAGGAACUCGGUGUUUCGGCAGUUUUGUGGUUUUCUGGAAGUUUGUUCCAAAAGGCGUUUGUCCCGUUACAUUAUGUGCCAACAGUAGCGCAUAAAUUUAAGCCUACGUUUCUAUCCGAGCGUCACACAUUUUUGAGAAAACUUUUUUAAAUGUUGCAAAUAAAGAAGAAAAUGCAAAUGAGUCGUGCGUCCGCCUACUGGCUUAGAACAAAUCGACCAGGCUACGUAAAGCUUAAUGUCGUCAGAUGUUCGCGUUACACACGACUACAAUGGUAAGGAAGCAGAGGUUGUUGGGUAGCAUGAACCACACAUCUCAGAAAACUGGAGAGAGGUUUUCAGGAAUGCGUAGCUAUUGAGUUGUAGCUGUUCUGUGAUGUCAACUAACACUGGCGAUGUUACCGCCUGUAAGGAGACAGAGAAAGAGAAGCGAUUCUAACAUGCACCGACAGCGGAAGCAGCGGAUUGGUCAAGUGAGGUGUAAGUUUGCUACAUCGUAACUUAUUAGGCAAAUGUGCUGCCAUCUGCCCAUUACUUUGACAGCCAAAAACCAACACAAGCAAGCGUAAUAACUUUUUUUUUUGUUUUUUUUUGGAAAAUCGAGAACACUACUGCAAAGUUUGCUGUUUCCUUUUCUACUUCUAAAGUAUGCAACGUGCGCUCAAGAAAACUUUGUCAGAAACACAAUUUAUGAAGCACACCUUCUAGUCCAGCUCUGGACGAUGCCAAAAAAAAAAGCUUCGGAAAAUAUAAUGUGACAAAAUCAAAACUAUUUUGCCUCCAAAGGUGCGGCGGCACAACCAGUUUUAAUACUUUCAAAUAGGGUGGCUGGGUUUUUUUCUUAAAUUGACACUUUCUUGUGUAAUUACAUGGGGUUAUCUUUAUUUCAAACAUGUUUGAUGAUCUGAAACAUUUAAGUAGAAAGCAAGAACAAAAGAUUACCUGUAAGGGCGGCAAAUACUUUUUCACAGCACUGUUAACCGUCAACGUCUUGGUGCCUGCGCUGAAGAAUCUCCUUCAGUGAACUGAAACUGAAUUUUUACUGCUUCGCCUUUUGUUGUAAGAUGCCAUAUUCUGUAUGCCAAAGGUAUGAAUGGCUGUCAGUGCAAUGUUUACUUGUGUUUUAAACAUUAUCAACUAGUUUUGUUUUUCACACACUGUCUGCGCUCUCCAUGAAAUGAAGGAAAGUGGAUCAUUACGUUUGCGUUUACGAGUUUUAUCCUUUAGGCUAGUAGACAUGAACCACAUCUGAUCAUUUUUAAGGAGCAAUAUGACAAAUUUAAUGACAGCAUUACGUUUGAAGAAGGAUGUGUAAAAUGUUCAGCUUUGUGUAUGAAUUUUGAUUUGGGUUUCUCCCCUCCAUGUCUUUCUUGUAGUUUGAAUGAAUUAUGUCCAUACAGCAAAUUUUGGAGGUCGAAGGAAGCAGUGAGUUUGUCUUCGCAUUGAGGCUGAAAACACUGAUAAACAAAAGAUAACCACGUUUCAGCGCUGCCGUCUCUACAUACUGGGGAUGACGAAAUACGCUAAAUGGCACCAAAAAAACUCAAAAGAGAAACUUGAGUUGCAUGAGUAAAAAAUGUGCUUUUUUACUUUUCCCUCAGUUCCUUGAAAGAAGGUUUUUGAACUCUUUUAACCUUUCCACAUUUUGUCAGCUGCAGAGUAUUUGCUGCUGUGAAGUGGAAAAUCCACAAGAUGUUCAAAGUUUGGGAUGAGCAAACCGACUUCUUUACAAAUGUGUCCCUCGCUUUUUUACAUCCGGAGGGAAUUGCUUGUACUGGAUUUUGUUUUUGAAGUAGCAAAGGGGCCAGAAUAGACAUUCGUGUCACACUGUUCACAUUUUUGUCGGUAAAAGAAUCUUAAGCCAAGUUUUCGUUUUCCCCUUUCAACUUCUCGACGUUUGCCGAUUCGUGCUAGUGUGACGCAUAAAAUCCCAAUAAAGUACACUGAGGUUUUGUGGUGCUAACGUGACAAAAUGUGGACAAGUUUAGGGGGUGUGAAAACAUUCAAAAGGGACUGGAUGCAAAGCUAACAACCAGCGUGAGAAAUGAAACACGGCUUUCUCUACCGCAGACCUUGAUUUUUAUAAACCGGGGUGACGUCAUCGUCUUGUCAAGGUCUGAAAUACAUGAAACGAACGCGGCUUCUAGGCCACCACCUAGCAAAGCGAAAGGACAUAAUGUGCUAAAAAAUCUCUAACGGUGCGUCGUACAGCAACAAGCCCGUCCUUCGCUGUCGGAAACGUGUGAAAGAUUUACAGUCCUGUCAUGUCUUUCAGUCAGAGCAGCUUCUCAGAGAAAGAUGAAAAACAUUCAAAUUACUCAAUUAAUUAGCAUUCAUUCCCCAGCACUACUACUCUUUCCUUGUUUGUUACGCAUAUAUAUAUAUAUAUUUUAUUUUUUUUGCAAUAUUAAUUUCCAGAAUUGCUCAGCAGAAUUUUGUUGUGAAGCUCCAGUGUCAUGUGUUUGUAGUCAAGAACUGACCUUGAAGAGCUUAAGACGGAUCUGAGACGUGGAGAUAAAGUUGUCCAACAGCACUCAGCACAAAGAGGUUAAGUGCUGCUGGACAAGCUGGUUGUUGGCGAAAAUGUAACUUCUGGGUCUCGUAUGUUCUGUCCAAAUUUAGCCUAAGCAAACAUUCUGAAUGUCAGGCUUUAUUAGCGUGUUUUAGAGACCUCAAUCCCCCCUUUCAGUCACAUUUAGACUUCAAAAUAUGACCUUAUUUGGACCUCGGUUCACCUUUCCGAUUUCAAGCACAUUUUUAGCACAUGCAACUGGUACGAAAAAACAAAGAAACGUAUCCCCAAGAUGUCAAACCAUUCCUUUAAGAGACCUCAAAACUAGCAUAGCGAGGGAUAAAAAUAACUUUCACUUCCUCCUCGAUUCUGCAACACUUGCUGUAAACCUAUUAAUAGCUGUUUGUUACACCGCUGAGUGCUAUUUACACACUCGGAUAUGGAAAUUACAGGGAAAGAAAGAUGCAUACAGCUUACCAAAAAUGUAGCUAUUUCAAACAGAUACAGUGUAAUUAAAAACAUAUUCAUUAAAAAAAAAAAAAGAGUCAUGUUUAAGGUACAGACCUACAGGAUGCUGGAGAGGCAGCCCACUGCCGCAGAUUGUGGCCGGUUUCACGUUUCAUAUCUGCAUCCAUAUUGAAAAGUUGCAAAUGGCUAUUGAGCCAUUUCUGGAUCAAUAUGCAAUUUGUUGGCUUGAAGAAGUCGGCACACGUCGCAGCCUUCAGCUGUUUGGUACAUUGCAUUGCAUUGGAAGCGACGUAAUAAACACCAUCAUUCAUUUAUACUGCAGCAUACAUUGUCUCACUUUUAUGAACAGUGUCAUUGUAAAGAAACUCUUUUUUUUUUUCCCUCCUCGCUUUUGGUGUAUGACGAACUCUGCCGGAUGUUUACAUUUUAUUUUUUUGUGAAACAAAGUGGAACGUUAGAAAUGCAUGUUACGGUUGUUCUGCUUUUGUUUUUUGUACGUUUCUGUUCUGAAUUAAAACUGGACUUUAAAUUUAAA